UACAUAUCCAACAAUGUUGUAGAGUUAUCUUCCAUAUAUCCUACAUGUUGCCUACCAACUUCAUGCCUGCGUCGUGAUACGCCUAGACAGUUGCUCAAUCCAUUCCCGACCCGAAGCGCGGAUAUUAUUCACUUCAGGGUCCAAAAUAAGCAAGCAUCCGGGAGACACGAAAUUAUCUAUCAAUCAGGCAGAUCUACCACAGCAUACGUGCAUAAUUGCACUGCAUUACGCAUCAGCCACACCACCAGACGUCUAUCACCAGAAUACUAUCACCAGACAUCUAUCGCCAGAUUAUCACCAUGCCUCCUGCCCCUUUUCCACCACUUCCUCUACCAGACGGUAUAACAGAAAACUACAUCUCCUGCCCAACCACCGGCCUGACAUUUCACGUCCUCGAAGCCGGCCACGACGCCUUACCCUCCGGUCCGGACUCCCACUCCAACUCCAAGACCCGGCCUCUCAUCCUCCUGCUCCAUGGUUUUCCGGAACUCGCCUUCUCCUGGCGGCACAUCAUGCCCACGCUCUCCUCUGCCGGCUACUACGUUGUUGCCCCUGACCAACGCGGCUACGGUCGCACCACCGGCUGGGAUGCCUCGCCCUUCCACGCCACCGAUCUCUCAACCUACCAACUCACAAAUCUAGUGCGCGACAUGGUCGUGCUGGUGCACGCACUCGGAUAUACCUCCGUGCGUUGCGUCGUCGGGCACGAUUUCGGCGGGGUGAGCGCGGCCAUGUGUGCCCUGAUGCGGCCCGAUCUAUUCACCAGUGUGGUGCUGAUGAGCCAUCCGUUCAAGGGCUCGUCCGUACUGCCGUUCGAUUAUGCCCACUCUGAUGCAGGACCGGGGGGGAUUGAGGGUGGCGGCGCGGGAAGGAAUAUUGCAGCAGAUCUAGCAAGCUUACCACGACCACGAAAGCAUUAUAAGUGGUACAAUAGCACAGCAAGCGCUGCGGGAGAUUGGUUGCAUCCCCGACAGGGGCUGCAGAAGUUUCUGCGCGGGUAUAUCCAUUUGAAGAGUGCGGAUUGGAAAGGGAAUGAGCCUCGGCCGUUGAAAGCGUGGAGUGCGGAGGAGGUAGGGAAGAUGCCGGAGUACUAUGUGCUGCCGCUGGAUAGCACGAUGCCUGAGGUUGUUGCCGCGAACAUGACUGGUGAAGACGAGGGUGUGACGAAGAGAUGGCUGUCAGAUGACGAUUUGGCGGUGUAUGUGCAGGAAUGGAGUCGAACAGGCUUUCAAGGCGGCUUGAACUGGUACAGAGCGCAGACGAAUCCAGAAAACAUGAGAGAUGUGGAUCUUUUUGCUGGCAAGAAGAUUGAAUGCCCUGCUACCUUUGUCUCAGGAGAUAAGGACUGGGGCAAUUAUCAGCAGCCGGGUGUCAUCGAAAAUCUGCCGAACUCGUGCUCGGAUUUCAGAGGCGUGACGUUCCUGAAGGGUGCAGGACAUUGGCCGCAGCAGGAACAGCCCAAACAAGUGGUUGAUGCAAUUCUGGGCUUUAUUAGCAAACUGUAAGGCUUCCUUCAACGCGGUCGGGUUGUGUCUUGGUCGAGCACCAUGGUAGAAUAAACAGGUGAUAUGCGAUACUUGUGCCUAGAUUUCUCUCUACUGACUAUGUAGUCUGUCGUUAUCUAACGUUACUCUAUACCGAUUGCGUACAUAGUGGUAGUCCGAAUAAUUCAAGCACAAAGGUAUGGCAACGCUACAUUG